UCCUGUCAUCUCUCCCCCUUUAUUUUUCUCAUACAUACAAAUUGUUCAUUCAUCCAUUUUCUACUAAUACAAUUGCAAGUAAAUCAAUCCUCUCUUCUUGAAUCAGAUCACAAAAGCACAGCAGCAAAAUGGGUAUAUGCAGUUCUUGCGAAUCUACAUCAGUAGCUACAGCAAAAUUAAUACUACAAGACGGAAGAUUACAAGAAUUUUCUUAUCCUAUAAAAGCUUCAUAUCUUUUACAGAAAGAUCCAAAUAUCUUUAUUUGCAAUUCAGAUGAAAUGGAGUUUGGAGAUAUUGUAUCAGCCAUAAAUUCUGACGAAGAGCUUCAAUUGGGUCAACUGUAUUUUGCUUUACCUUUGAACCGGCUGAAACGUAAGCUUAAGGCGGAAGAAAUGGCGGAGUUAGCGGUGAAGGCUAGUUCUGCAUUGAAUAGUAUUUGUGGUAAAGAGAAUUGUGGGUGUCGUAAUAAAGUAGUUUUAUUUUCAGGAGAGAAAGGUGGUGGGAAGUUGGGGAAGAAGGUGGCGGGUGGCAGUGGUUCGACGGUGGCUGAGGGUAGAAGACGGAGAAGUAUUGGUGGUGGUGGUGGGCCGAGAGGGAAGUUCACGGCGAGGUUGAGUGCAAUACCUGAGUAGGAUAAAUUCUUGGGCAUUUUCUUUUUCUGAAAGAACUUGUUAUAACAAAUUAAAGGUAAUGGGAAUUAGACCCACUUUUUAAUAUUCACUAGAUUAGAACCUGUUGAUGGGUGAAGCUUGAGAUUAGAGAACUGUUCAUUUUAUCUUGUAAAUAGUAGGUUUUGUAAAUAAGUUGAGAUUCAAGAGCCGCUCUCAAAUUAUUUGAGUGAUUCGAAAUUGGUCAUCUUCUUUUUUUAGAAUUUUUGUUUUGCUGCUAGUUAACCAAUAGUGGGGUUUAAUCAUGAGUUUUCCCUCAAAGGGUUAAUUUGGUAAGCUACUUGGGUUUAUUGAAAGUACAAUUUUGAUAGUAAUUCGCGUAACAUUUUCAUUUAUAAUAUUAACGCUGUUAUAAAUAUAUAUUAUGGAUGUUCAUUUAGUACUCCAUUAUGGAUAAAGAUUACCCCUGG